AUGGGCUGUCGCACUGUUGCAAACAAGGAGUUUGACGACCCACAAGUAGCGAAGUGGAGUAAAGUGCGCGAGGAGAAAAGAGAACAUAUCAGAGCACAGGACCGAGAGCCAAGUCCUUCAUUAGAUGAGUUGAUAGGCGACCGCGAACGGCUCGGUUUGUGCUGCGACUGGGCGCCUAACCAAGUCGCUCCAUCGAGGAGCUCGUCGGAUAUCCUCCUAGAGGUCAUCAGCCCCAUCAAUCUUGCGAACGGUGCUUGGGUCAUUCAAUAUGCCAGUAUCACACCAGACCGGAGCUAUCUCGUCGCCAAGCUUGGAAGUACUACAGGUGGAUCAAGGGAGAAAUCAAUGCAGUCGCAUCGUAUUGCAGCCUCCGACGCGACAAGUCAUCAAUCGUCCCACUCGACUUAA